GUUGUGGCUUGGAAUUUUGAGCAUCGGUUUGACGCAUUUCUUGUUCUUUGUAUGAGUGAUUUUUUUCACGGGUUUGGAGAUGCGGCGUGGAAUUUGAGCUGGGGUUUAACGCAUUUCUUGCUCUUAGUUGUUGUGUUGUUUUUUUAAGAAUGGUUGUUUCUUGAUUGGUUUCUUCUUUUCGGCUAGUAAUGGCAGUAGCUUUUCUUGUUGAUUUUAAUUUUCAUUUUCUGUAUGGUUAGUUUAGUAAGAGGGAAGAAAGGUGGCAAUGAACGUUGCGGAGAAGAAAAGGAGCAAAAAACAUUGAAAUUCUUGUUAACUUGAUUUGGUCAUAAGUUUCUAUUUCCAUCAUUGGCGCUGCUUUCUAUACAUAAGUCAUGCAUGCGAUUAAGGGUGGCUAUGUUGGACAAGCAUUUGCCCUUGCCACCAGCAAUGACUCUGGGGGAAGGAAAUCGAGGAUUAGACGUUCAAAAGAAGAGAGGAAAGCGAUGGUUGAAUCUUUCAUAAAGAAAUAUCAGAAAUCGAACAAUGGGAAUUUUCCAUCCCUCAACCUUACACAUAAAGAAGUUGGUGGUUCUUUCUAUACAGUGCGGGAGAUUGUUCGAGAGAUUAUUCAAGAAAAUAGAGUAUUAGCUCCACCUAAAGUGUCUUUAGAAAAACAUGACCAUUCUUCAUUUCUGGAGCAACAUCCACUAGGAUCUCUUUCUCUGGAACCUCAAAUUGAUUUGUCGGAUUCAGAGAGAAAUCAUAUGGUGACAAAUAUUUUACCCAAUAAAUAUCAAAUAAUGAGUGAAGUGGACAUUUCUAGUUCUAGUGUGCAGUUCACUGGAUCUUACCCCUCGGAGUUGGAUGAUAAACAAAUAAUUGAAGGAGGAAGCAAGGUGGCUGAGAAAGAUGGAGGUUCUGAUAGAACAACCAAAAAUCAUAAUGAACCUAUUAACUAUCAAGAUACAAGCAUGGAAGAGGUUUCAAACUUCAGGGAGCAAUUACCUCAACCUAAGAUUGACGAGUUUGAGAAUGAGAAGAUUGUUAAUGGCAUUGAGAUGUCUGAAGAAAACCCGCACUCUGAUGAACCACUCAUAAAGUAUGUUGACUGCCAACACAAUAACGACAGUGCUCUCCUAUCUGGCCAAGAAGUUAAUGGACAGGGGAGUCAGAGGAUUGGCAGCGAGCAACAUCAUAUUGAGCAUGAGCAAACUGUUGAUAAAACCAAAGAAUUUGGGCAAAGAAUUUAUGAGGAGUCUGCAGUCAUGGAGUUUCUGGAUGGAGAGAAAUAUGGAGCCCAAGAUGUGGAAGCAUCACAUGCAGUAAAAUCUCAAAUGAACUCUGAUGUUGUUGUCGAGACAUUUCCAUUAAGACCUGUUCCAAGGACAAUACAUGACAUAAAUGGAGAACCUGAUAACCUGCACAAGUCAACUGGGAAAAUAGCAGAUACGGUGAUCCAAGAUGAAAGAAUCUCAUAUGUCCAGAGCUUUUCUGAUCCUAUCAAUGAGAACGAUGAAGAAAAGCUUUCAGAUCCAAUCGUGGAAUUGAAUGGCAAAUUCAAGGAUGAGAAAGUGGUGCUAAAUCUUCAAGACUCAUCCCUGGAGUGUUCAAAACAUUCUACAGCCUCUGAGCCAAGUGUGCUUGAUGUAGGUGAUGUCACUGACCUUCAAUCUAAGGACUCCUUGCCGGAUGGAACUAAGGCCAGCAGUUCUACUCAACCAUUGAUAUCUGAGGGGCUCAGUGCAGUAGGAAGGAAAUCCAGUGAUCAAGAAAAGAGCAGUUCACCCAAAGGACCCAAUUCCACACUAGACAGAAUCAAUCUUGAAACUUGGGAAAGGGCAUCAAAGAAAUCCACUCAACCUGAAAGCAAUCCACUUCUGGCAUUAGUGAAGGCGAUUAUCUCUUCCUUUGUGAAGUUUUGGACCGAGUAAGGUUCUUGCUUUUCUCCUUUUACGUUUUUGCUCAUCCCUGUAUUUUUGAUGAACUUGUUCUGCACGAGUUAUAGUUUGCGACCCCAUUUUGGUUGGGUUUAUAUUCUGCAAACGUAAAAUUAGAAGAUUGACUUUCAAUGCGCCAACUGAGAAAUAGGACUUGAUACGGUAUGAUUAGAAGUAGAACCUUCUGUAUAAUGCAAUGUAGUAUUGCUGAGAUGAUUGAAGCAGAACCAAGUAUUUCGUCUGCGUGAUGUUGCAGGUGAACUGUGUUUCAUCCAUUUCAGAGGAUGAAUUUGUCGUUGAAUUUAUGAGUAGAAGGUGUUUUGGUUAAGUUU